AUGAAUUAUUAGGACCCUACAAUUUUGGCAUUAAAGUAAUAGAAUGUGGAGUAGCAGAGAUAAAUAGAGCAAUUGAUGGGGAGGGUCAAUAUGCUCAUUAAAUAAUAAUAACUAUUGAAACCUCCAAACAAGAAAUUAGAGAUUGUGUAUAAGAAGAAAAAGAUUCAUGAUGACAUUGUAGAUGAACUAAAAUCAGCUAAGGAGUCUCUUUAUAAUCCAGGUAGUGAGCAAAGAAAAAAAGAGGAAAACUUAAUCAAGAGAUAUUAACUCAACAAGGCAAUCAAAACAGCCAAGGCUCAGGUUGAUAGGGAACGAGAGGAACAAGCCAAAUAGAUGAAGAAGAUUAGUAGUAUUCACUAAAAAUCGAUCGAAGAGCAGAAGCAAUAGAUGUAUUAGGAAAGGAGAACAAACAGAAACAAAGUCUAAUUGGAUGAAUUUUAAUCGAAAUAUAAUUAUUAAUUAUAUUGGGACGACAGAGUUAAGAAAUUUGAAGAGGAGUAAAAAAAAGUUAAACAUCAGUUAUCUAAAUCUAUGAUGGAUUAAGAAAAUUUAAUGAACUAUUUGGAACAACAAGAAACGUUGCUAAUGGGUAGGAUGCAAUAGAAGGAUGCAUAAAGACUAAAAUCCAAAGAAUUCGAAUAAAAAUAUGGAAAACCAAAAGAAUCCAAGUUUUAAUAAAUACUAGAUAUCAAGGCAAAAUAAUGA